GAAGAAGACGCCGAGUAGUACGGUAGUGCCCACAACGGCUCCUGCUUUCUUCGAUAUUUUCGUUAAGAAAUUCAUCUCAAUCUCUAUGAUUUCUGCACCGACGGAUGCAUAAAGAAAAGAGGAACCCACAGAUACCAACUUUUCUACGGUGGGUGGCCUUUUCGUUGGUUUUUCGAGCUGCUUCUCUUCCGUGACGCCGCGCUCCCCUCAGUCUGACGGCAAGGCCUAACCAGCGCUCGCCGGGCAGGGUUAGCCCCGCCUCGUCAUGGCAGAGAGAAUGGUUGUUGCAACGGAUGGAGACGAUCUUCCGCCGGAAGAAUUUGGUGAAGAGCACGGCUGGCGCUCCGUCGCUGUCAAGAAAAAUGCCCUGCGCGCCUCUCGUCGCGACAGCACCCGUGCAGCGGCAAGCAGUCAGGGGCACCGCGAGCGUCUCAAUGGCAGCAGAAAGCCCAUUAGCCUAAAGCACAAGAUCAUCAAGUCGUCGCGAAUGCCUCAGCUCCCGAAGGAACACUGGAAGAUUAUCGCCCGCCCCAGGGGUGGUCUGGAUGUUCAGAAAACGGGCUCCGCUCGGCUUGGUCGGGCCGUCGCCGCCGCGGCAGGACUCACGUCCGAGCAAGCUAGCCAUGACAUCGUCUGCCCCAACGCAACACAAAAUAUUAUCGUCCUCAGCACCGCGUCUCGCGAUAACGCAGAUGCUUAUCUAAAAAUGAAUUGCAUCACCCUGGGCAUCAAGCAGUACGAACUCAGCACUUACGAAGCCGCACCGCACGCCACGUGUAAGGGUGUCAUACGUCAAAUUGAUGUGUCGGAGAGCCAGGCCGACCUAGACAGAAGCAUUCUCAACGAGAGAAAUCCGUUAGCCCUGGGAGCCAGGCGAAUCAAGAAUAGCGAAACGGUAGUCAUCGUUUUCGACGGCUACAAGGUCCCCAACUUCGUAUUCUACGGCUCGGCGCUAGUCAAGUGUUCCUUGUACCUCAGGCAGCACGACUGCUGCUAUGCCUGUGGUAGACUAGGCCACAGAGCCGACGUCUGCCCAGCGCCGGAGGACAAGCUAUGCAGGAAAUGUGGGGCCAACAACCCCGACGACAACCACACCUGCUCGCCUACUUGCAGCCUCUGCGGGGGCCCGCACGCCACAGCGGACAAGAUUUGCAAGCAAAGGUUCCAACUCCCGUACAUCGUUCGGCGGAGGAGAAGGGAAAGAAAUGCGGAAUCCAGGAAGCGAGACCCGUCACCAGCGCAGACAAGCGCCGACAGCGAACCAGCUAGAACAUCGAGCAGGCGCUCCCGCUCGAGAAGCCGCUCGAGGUCCAGCUGUUCCCGGUCCAGGUCCAGGAGCCGUUCCAGGUCGAGGUCCCACGGUCGCUCCAGAUCGGGAAGCCACUCCCGGGGCCCACAGAACAGGGUCCGGUUCGAGGAGCCAGCCGGUGCUGGGAAACAAGGCGCCACUUGGGCAGACAGGGUGCGGAGUGGAGGAAGAACUGCCGUAAAGGUAACUGGGGGUGCGGCGCCAGAGCAUGGUUCGUCGGAAAUAGCUCAGCUUAGAAAAGAAAAUGCCGAGAUGCGCAGCAUAAUUGAGUUAAUGCGAGCCGAAAUAGCAGAGCUCAGAAAGGCUAAUCAACCUCACCACGUCCCAGUCCCUUGUUCAACCCCCUCAGGAAUCCCUUCGGCGACCCCCUCUCCCCAAACCCCUCGGGGACCUCACGCCGUUCCAGUCCCUAGUUCAUCCCCUUCGGGGACCCCCUCUCCCCAAACCACAGACGUUCCCAUGGUCGUGGAUGCGAGCCACUCGGGCAACCCAGCCAAAAGAAAGGCCGUUCCCAGCAUGCCCGAAAAUGUACCGGCUAAAGCCAAGUCCGAAGUCAGAGAAAUGUUGAAUUCAAUCUGCUACGAGAUCAAGAAGAUUACCGAUCGACUAUCUGCAGUGGAUCAGCGACUCUUGGUCGUGGAUCAGAAGUUAGACGCACAAAACGUCAAAAUUCAAUGCUUAGAAAACAGAAUGCCAGAGAUAGAGUCCAAGGUGCAGCAAAUGGACAUCAUGACGUCAACCCACGUACGUCCAGUUUACUUCACGGAUGGCGCGUUGGUACCUACGCCGCCAUCACUGCACAUUCCCGGACCGAUUAAUAGAACCACCUCCCUCGAGACCCUAGUAGCAACGCCGGAAGGCGCUCUAUGCAGCAAGGAUGGCGCCACACACCCAAUUUAG